AUGUUUGAAGAUGUGGACGAGUGUUUGAACUCCUCUGCGCCCUCUUCAGUGUCCCAGUGGGGAGUAUACGAGGCUCGCAAUGUCUGAAGGCAUUUGUUUUGUUCUGUAGGUUUGGGGAAAACAAAAAGGAAGACCAGUGCUAGAGACACUUCUCCAACGCCGAGCUCUGAUGCCGAGUAUCCCUCAAAUGGCAGUGGUGGAGGGGGCGGAGCCGCUGAGAGAAUCUAUGAUCUCAACAUCCCCGCCAUAGUCAAGUUUGCCUACACUGCAGAGCGUGAUGACGAGCUGACCCUGGUCAAGGGCUCCCGUGUGGUGGUGAUGGAGAAGUGCAGUGAUGGCUGGUGGAGGGGCAGCCAGGGCGGCCGUGUGGGCUGGUUUCCUUCUAACUAUGUCCAAGAGGAGUCGGGGGGAGCUGAGGACGGAGGGGAGGGGGACACCUCUCGGGGAUACCUCAGCUCUCAAGGGACAUUAUUGGCCAACGGGCGAGCAGGAGGUCGUGUUCUGCACCUAGUCCAAACACUCUACCCCUUCAGCUCUGUGACAGAGGAGGAGCUGAACUUUGAGAAAGGAGAAGUGAUGGAGGUGGUGGAGAAGCCGGAGAACGACCCUGAGUGGUGGAGGUGUAAGAACUCACGAGGGCUGGUGGGGCUAGUGCCUAAGAACUAUGUGAUGGUGCUGGAAGAGCGGCCUGCGCUCUCCUCCUCCACCUCGGGCUCCCCCAACCGCCACAUAGCCCCGGCACGCUCAGGGAAGUUUGCCGGGAGGGACUGGUACUAUGGGGCUGUCACCAGGCACCAGGCAGAGUGCAUCCUCAAUGAGAGGGGGGAGGAGGGAGACUUCCUCAUACGGGACAGUGAGUCAUCGCCUAGUGAUUUCUCCAUCUCCCUGAAAGCGGCUGGCAAGAACAAGCACUUCAAAGUGCAGCAAUCUGAAGGGGUGUAUUGUAUUGGCCAGCGCAGGUUCAACUCUAUGGACGAACUAGUAGAGCAUUACAAGAAAGCCCCCAUUUUCACCAGUGAACAUGGGGAGAAGCUGUACCUGGUGAAAGCGCUGCUGUGAUAAACCCCUCCUUUGUCUACACUGGAUCUGACACAAUUCUUAAGUCACUCCCGUCUUAACAAGCCUUAGCCUUGGACCCUGCUUCAGUGAAGGGGAACGUGUCCUCUCCUAGGUUUUGUUUUUCACACACAAAUUGUAUCUAGUGCCCUCCAGUGGAGACUCACAGAAUCUGUGCUUGGUCCAUAAAGUCCAUGGAAAUCAAGCACUGUGUGAACUUGCAGCCACAUCCCUGCACUAAUUUGCCUCUUUUUUGGGGGUGGUGACUAGAUCCACUACAAUAGACGCCUACAGGGCCUUGUGGGAGUGGCGCUUUCAUGAUGUCAUACAUAAUGUCCAUCUUCUACAGCACACAUUUAAGUUACACCAUUGCUCUUAAUCCACUCAGCAGGACGGGGACACUUUAAGAGGACAUAGCCUCUUUGGACCUUACCCUGAUGUCUCUUGUCCUGUUUCAGCCAUGUUUUAUUUUUUUUGUUUUUAAAAGAUACUAAAAUACCCUUUUCUGAGCUGUAGAUUUUUCAGAUCUCUAUAGAGUGAAUAAUCACAAAUGAUUUCACAAAGUGACCAGUUACUCUUGCCUUUACCUCCUGUUUUUUCAUUGAUCAUCUACAUGAUUUCUCUACUUUUAUGCCAUCAAAGCCCGUCUUGUCUAUCUUUUCACAAUCUAGGAUUGUGAUGGCAGUUUCCCUGUUCUAUUUGGAGAACUGUUGCAAUAGAGGAGAUAUUAGUAGAGUUUGAAUGUUUUAGUGUAACCAAAUGUGCCACUUUGUACCCAUACUGCUGGCUUCAGGUCGGCACUGCACCCAUUAAAGUUCCAUUUAUUUUCAUGCUCUUUACAAUGGAUCACAAUCAGUACGUCCCAGUAUAUGUCUGUGAACACACCAGGACUGAUGAAUGAUUCAAACACACUUACAUUAUAGCCCCUACAGAUCAAUAGAAACUUUUUUGUGUUUUUGUGAUAAUAUGAGGAGCCUUUAUGGGACAUGUGAUUCAGACACUAAAAUAUAACAUUAAAAAUUAAAUGUUUGCCCUACUUUACAUCAUUACCCGUACAAAAAUCUGGAUGCUGAACAAUUAUUUAUUAUGGCAAGCUGGCUUUCACUGUUAAUAACCAAAUACACUGUCACAUGGGUUGUAGUAAUAAAAAACCUACCAAACAUCUGAUUCUGUUAGUACAUGUGUUUACCAAUGGAAGUGUUGAUGGUGGUCUCAGCUUUUAUAUAUCUGAAUGUUAUUGAGCAUUGUUAUUUAAUUCUUGUCUCCACUGUAUGUAUAUAAUCAAAGGUGCAUAUAUGAGAUGAUGAGAUCCAACAAUGGUACUGUACCACCGACAAUGAUGAGAAUUUAAAUACAUUUGUUCAAUAAAAUUUUUGAAGAAUACCAAGAA